UUUCCAUAGAAAUAAUCAUUCAUUGGAAUAAUCCAGUUUAGAAUAGUUCAUCGAACGGAAUUCUCAUCCUCAACCUAAAUCAAAAUGCGUUUCACCAUUGUCUUGGCUCUCUGCUUCAUUGGAGCUGCCUCUGCUAGUUCAUUGAACAAGCGAAGCUUCCUCGAUGAUAUCCAAAACAACACUCAAAAUGCUUUCCAUGCUUUUGAACAAUUCGGUCAAACUUUCAAUGAAAAGGUCCAAGAAGCCCUUAAAAACUUACUCAGUGCUUUCGGAAACAAGAACUCAUCUGCUGAAGCUUCAGUUGUUGUUGAAAAGCGAGCCACCAACCCACUUCAACUCAUCAAUGAUCUCGAUGACCCAGCCCAAUUUGCUCAAACUUUCUUGAAGGUUUUACUCGAUUUGGCUACCGGACAAGGUCGACGAAAGCGAGAUAUUGCUGAAGACCUCAAAAAGUUCUCUGAGGAAGCCAAACACAACGCUGAAGAAGCUCUCAAGAAGCUCUUUUCUUUCUUGGAGCAAUUCAAAUCCCAAUCCAGUGAAUCAACUGAAGCCUCAGUCGUUGUUGAAAAGCGAGCCACCAACCCACUUCAACUCAUCAAUGAUCUCGAUGACCCAGCUCAGUUUGCUCAAACUUUGUUGAAGGUUCUUGCUGAUAUUGCCACCGGACAAGGUCGACGAAAGCGAGAUAUUGCUGAAGACCUCAAAAAGUUCUCUGACGAAGCCAAGCACAACGCUGAAGAAGCUCUUAAGAAGCUCUUUUCUUUCUUGGAACAAUUCAAACCUCAAUCCAGUGAAUCAACUGAAGCUUCAGUCGUUGUUGAAAAGCGAGCCACCAACCCACUUCAACUCAUCAAUGAUCUCGAUGACCCAGCUCAGUUUGCUCAAACUUUGUUGAAGGUUCUUGCUGAUAUUGCCACCGGACAAGGCCGACGAAAGCGAGAUAUUGCUGAAGACCUCAAAAAGUUCUCUGACGAAGCCAAGCACAACGCUGAAGAAGCUCUUAAGAAACUCUUUUCUUUUUUGGAGCAAUUCAAACCCCAAUCCAGUGAAUCAACUGAAGCUCCAGUCGUUGUUGAAAAGCGAGCUACCAACCCACUCGUACUCUUCAAUGACCUCAGUCAACAAGAUUUAGGAAAGUUUGCCCAAGACUUUUUGAAAGUUCUUGCUGAUAUCGCUUUAGCACAAGGCUAAAGAAGACGAAAUAUUCCUGAAGACAAAUAUUACAAACCAAUUCAGUUGAAUGUGCUACACAAUUUACAUUAAUAUUUGAUCAAAAAUCAAUUAUCUAUGAUAACUUCAGCACACUUGUAGAGUCUGUAAUUACCUCUAUCCAUUUACCCUCUAAAUGAUUAAAUAAAACAAAUCCAUGUGAAUUUAAUUGCAAA